AUGUUUAUUCUACAUCAAUUACUCUUAAUUCUUACGUUCUUCGUAUGUCUCUCGUUUACUGCCAUUUUUUCGCCUGAUACUGAGGAUUAUGAUGCAUAUGGACUGAAAGUAGCUGCUAAUAAUUUGAUGAUUGUUCAAGCUGAAAAUGAUUUUAGUCGGUUUAACAUUCAAUUUGCAAAUUACACGGAUGAUGUUGACACAAACAAUGCACGUGGUUGUUAUGUUUAUAAUAAUCCUUCCUUUUAUUUUUAUGCAGUGGCUCUAGGUAAGAGUCAAUCAGUACCUGGCUUUUUCUUCAUUGGUGAAUGGAUGAAUAUGACCGAAAAUGACCCAAUGCCAUAUCGUACACAUUUCGGUUUUCAAAAUUACACCGGUUCGCUUGAUACGAUUGAUUGUGAUGGCUUCAUUUAUAGCGAAGGUUAUGUGGCAGAAAGCUUCCCUCAUCAAGAACAUUUAGUAAUAACUACUGAUCCUCUUGGUUUGGUUGCCUACAUUUUCUCUAAUAACUUUGUAAUUGCUUAUACACCAUCUACGAAUAAAUUUGUUGAUAUUAAGUCUAAUUCAUUUUUUCCUUCGACAUCAUUCUUUCCGUACGCCGUUGAUUACGAUGGUAGCCAUGGUAUUAUUGCUGGUUUUGUCGAGGAUACUAACAAUUCACGUAUGUAG